AGGGGCCUGAGCCCGGCGGCGCCUCCCCCGUCCCCGUCCCCUCAUGGCGGAGCCCGAGGAGCCGCUGCUGCGCCUCGCCGAGCCGCCGCCUCACGCCGGGCCGCCAGCGGUAGUCAGAGCAGCGCCCGGCGGGGCCGUCAGGCUGCGCGGCGAGCCGCGGGAGGACGAGGAGGAGGAGGAGGAGGAGGAGGAGGAAGGCGCUGAGGGGGAUGGCGAGGAGGAGCCCCUCCUGCGGCCCUCCUGGGGCAGGGAGCCCCGCCGCGCCGCAGGGCAUACAGGACACGCUGUUGAUAUGAAUACGUUUUUAGAUGAUCCAGAAUUUGCAGAAAUCAUUCUGAGAGCAGAGCAAGCUAUAGAGUGUGGAGUUUUCCCAGAAAGAAUCUCUCAAGGAUCCAGUGGGAGCUACUUUGCUAAGGACCCAAAAGGGAAAACUAUUGGAGUAUUCAAACCAAAAUCUGAAGAGCCUUAUGGACAUCUAAAUCCAAAAUGGACCAAAUAUUUUCACAAGAUUUGUUGUCCUUGCUGCUUUGGCAGAGGCUGCCUCGUUCCAAAUCAGGGAUAUCUCUCUGAAGCUGGUGCCUAUCUUGUAGAUGACAAGCUGGGGCUAGGAGUUGUACCCAAAACUAAGGUUGUCUGGCUUGUCAGUGAGACCUUUAAUUACAGUGCAAUAGAUCGUGCAAAGUCAAGAGGAAAAAAAUACGCUUUAGAGAAAGUGCCAAAAGUUGGUAAAAAAUUUAAUCGAAUUGGACUACCUCCUAAGGUUGGCUCCUUCCAGCUGUUUGUUGAAGGAUAUAAGGAAGCUGACUACUGGCUCAGGAAGUUUGAAACUGAUCCUUUACCUGAAAACACACGGAAAGAAUUCCAGUCACAGUUUGAAAGACUGGUUGUCUUAGAUUAUGUCAUCAGAAAUACAGACAGAGGUAAUGAUAACUGGUUAGUCAGGUACGAAAAACAAGAUGAUGGGCCUGAUCUGUCAGAUAAGGAUAUCCAGUGGACUGUAGCUGAAGAAUCUACUAUUAAAAUUGCUGCAAUUGACAAUGGAUUAGCUUUUCCUUUUAAGCAUCCUGAUGAGUGGAGGGCGUAUCCCUUUCACUGGGCUUGGCUUCCUCAAGCACAAGUUCCCUUCUCUCAGGAGACCAGAGACUUAGUUCUUCCUCGCAUCUCUGAUAUGAACUUCGUACAGGAUCUUUGUGAAGAUCUUCAUGAACUAUUUAAGACCGAUAAAGGAUUUGACAAGGCUACUUUUGAAAACCAAAUGUCUGUUAUGAGGGGGCAGAUACUAAACCUUACUCAGGCAUUAAAGGAUGGAAAAAGUCCCAUUCAGCUUGUUCAGAUGCCACGUGUGAUUGUGGAGCGAAGUAGCACUGGAAGUCAGGGCCGAAUUGUUCAUCUGAGUAACACAUUCACACAGACCUUUCAUAGCAGGAAGCCUUUCUUUUCCUCCUGGUAGCAACAGAAAUAUAUGGGAAGAGUAAGCUUCUCUAACUGUAGUAAGCUACUUCUGUGUAAAGGCUCCGCAAUAAUGUACUUCUGCUGUAUACCAAGAACUCCGACUGCCGACACCUCAGUACUUAAAUUCUAAAAGACUUAAGAAAUGUAUUUUGAAUGUAAUAAGUUUACAAUUUUUGUGUCAAAAUUGUGAAUUCAUAUGUCAGGGAAUGAGAAGAACUUGUCCUUACUGUAUUUUUAUAGGCUAAAUUAAUGUAUUCUGAAUAAUACUAAAGGAAAGAUGCACAGUUUGCAUAUGCUGAGAAACUACUUUUGAAUACAACAGGAAUUCUUUUUGUUUAGUAUAAAUGUGAGAACCUAUACCCUAUCAAUUUCUUUUUAUAUGCUCUUUAAAAAAAAAAAAGUGCAAAAUGCUAUCUUUGUGAAAAUGCUUUUCCUUGGAAUUUCUUCCUGAUGUUUUAAGCUGUUUAUAGAUUUUUCAUAGGCUAGUUACUUGAAAAAAGUCAUGCACUUAAGAAAAUAAUAAUAAUAAAAAACCUGCUAUGGAGACACAAGUGAAAGAAAGGGAGAAGGGAAAAUAUGCUUCAUGUAGAUUUUUUUUUUGCACAUGGGGACCAAAAAUGGUUAAAUAGUUUUCAGUUGAAUUAUAGCAAAAUUCAUCCCCAGUAAGUACACACAGUUUCUACUGUGACAAAAUGAACUGAGUGUACAUUUCAAAGGGUGAAGCUUCACCUGUAGCUUUUAGAACUCGUGUAUUUAAUUACACGUAUGGGAAAUGUGAGAUUUUUGUUGUGAUGAAUCUAUGAAGAAUUGCACAAUGUUACAGGUUGGAUUCUCGAUAUGAAUAUAAAUGUGUUCAUCAGUCACCAAAGUGGUUCUUCACUGUUAAUCACAGAAGCACUAUUCAUCUCAAAGCCUGUCUGCCUUCUGAAUUUCUAUCCAAACACACUAUUAUUUUUUGACUGGAAAAAAAAAAAUACUGUAAUACAUAGAGCACAGAGACUUAUAAUUGGACUCUUAGCAAUGUCAUGCUUAUUUGCCAAUUUUCAUUUAUGUUUAAGUUGUGUCUUAAGACUUGAUGGUCAUGCUUCUAGAUCCAUGGCUUAUGUUACAUGAUAAAUAUUUUGGUAAUUUUCUGGACAGUGAAGACUGGGAAUGGGAGAAAAUUGCUGCUUUUAUGAAACCUUCAGUAUUUCAGACAUUGCUGUAUUUUGUAAUUCUAAGCAAUACUGUUGAACUCAAAUAAUAAAAUGCUUGUAUUUUAUAUAA